UGUUUCCUUGUUCGAAUAUAUAUGUUUUGUGGUUCCACAAUGACAUUUUCCAGUUCUAUUGAUACGUUUUGUGAGUUUUGUGACCUGUUACGUAAACUGUCAAAAUAAAAAAUUGCAAAAUUUUUCAAUUUUGCAAAGUCCAUUCUGACCACACUCCUCGGCACCGGAUUUUUUUACCGCGUGGUGCAUGUAUACUUCAUCACAUUUCCGGAACUUUUGAAUAGCUGUGAAUAACCCCCAUAACUCCACAUUUUGACCAACAUGGCCGCAUCAGUAGGACGAAUUUGCAGGGCUGGCCUUUUGAAAUCGCCCCACGUACCAACGAUAAACCAGUUUAGUUCACUCUCUACAACUAGAGAAUGGACAAAGGGCAGAAAAGCGGUAAGACCUGAAAUAGUGUGCAUCGAAUAGAUAAUAUACCGUAUAUUUUCCACAGCUUUUAGGAACUAUAGGAAUGCUUGCUGGCGGUGCUGGGGCACUACUUCUUGCAUUAGAUAGGUCUGUUAGGGCUUCGGACCUUGAGCUGCAUCCACCUAAACAUGUGUGGAGCCACAGUGGCAUGUUCAGCUCUUUAGAUCAUGCAAGUGUCCGAAGGGGUUAUGAAGUAUACAAACAAGUGUGCGCCGCCUGUCAUUCGAUGCGUUUCAUAGCGUAUCGUAAUCUGGUCGGCGUGACCCACACCGAGGAGGAGGCCAAGGCAGAGGCUGAAGAGCAGAUGGUCCUGGAUGGACCCAAUGAACAGGGCGAGAUGUUCAAACGACCGGGCAAACUGAGCGACUAUUUCCCUAGUCCUUAUCCUAAUGAGGAGGCAGCCAGGGCAGCCAACAACGGUGCUUAUCCACCAGAUCUUAGCUACAUCGUGUCGGCCAGACAUGGAGGCGAAGAUUACAUAUUCGCGCUGCUGACUGGCUAUUGCGACGCUCCAGCGGGAGUGGUACUUCGAGAAGGCCAGUACUUCAACCCGUACUUCCCGGGAGGUGCGAUUUCCAUGGCGCAGGCGCUUUACAAUGAAGCGAUGGAAUACACGGAUGGAACUCCGGCUACUGCCAGCCAAUUGGCCAAAGAUAUAUCCACGUUCCUCAAAUGGACUGCCGAACCGGAGCACGACGACAGGAAGAAGAUGCUUAUGAAGGCCAUAGGGAUAUUCUCAUUCCUCAUGGCUAUCACGUACUACAUCAAAAGGAUGAAGUUUUCAACACUGAAAACGCGUAAAAUCGAAUUCAGGCCGAAAGAGAAGUAAACGUGGUUUGGGCGGGGAUUAGAAUGCAGGACAUUUAAAUUAAGCAUAAUUUUAUUGUAUAUAAUUUCCAUCUUUUUUCCAUUACAUUGUUUUAUAUAGCACAUUUGUGGUGAUAUGUGCUAUGUAUUACCACGCCGACGUUUUACCGUAUCUGUUUGUUAAAAAUAAAUGGUAUGAAAUACUGAUGUCUAAUCUAU